CAAAUAUGACGUGUACGGAGUACGUGUAGCUCGUACGUGGACAUGUAGCCUACUCGUACUCGUACGCGCCCAACUAGGGCGAAGAUUGAAUAUCAAAAGAGGCGCUUCCCGCCACUCCCGACAACAAUAGCAAUGACAAAAUCCCCGACCGACUGGAUUGCUCAGCGAUGGGCAUCUUUGCUGCCCUCUUUCAUUCUCGUCAUUCUUCGUGUUUUUGCCCUCUUUCUCUUGGCCUUUGUACAGCUCAUGCUCAUGAUUCCUCAGCCAUUGCCCGUAAACGGCAAAAACCUCGACACGCCCGCAUGGAAUUAAUAAUCGCCCCAAACCCACGAUCACAAAUUCACAAAUUCACAAGCCAAGCAACUGACUCGCCCUCUUUUCUAGCACCUUGGCUUGGGCGGCGUCAAGUAAAAAAAAGGGGAGAAAACAGGCCUAAAAACGGGCUCGAUAAAGGCUGGGUGCUGCUCCUCCUCUUCCUCCUCCCAACAGGGCAAUAACCAGACCAACUAAUCUUCCCGCCCUAUCUUUUU